AUGGCGACGCCUCUGCUGAUCUUCCGCUCGAUGGGCACGGUCCUCGAGAUCCACUCGGCCACGCUGGGCGAGCAGCUGGUGGACAAGGUCGUCAGGAGCGCGUUUGCGACGGCAAAGCACGACAUCGGCGACGCCGACUCCGUGGACGGCGCCCAUGGCUCGGUGUGCGACACGGGCUUGGAGCUCGGCGUCCUCGGCGGGUUGUUCGGGCCCACGGGCGGCGACACGAUGUGCGACAAGUCCGUGGGAGAGUGCAUGGUGGGCGACGCGGGCUUGGAGAUCGGCUCCAUGGGCUGCGACGCCGUGCGCAACGAGGUCACGGUGAGCGACGUGGACUCGAUAAAGGAUAUCAAGGGCAUGGUGGGCGACGCGGGCUUGGAGAUCGGCUCCAUUGGCUGCGACGCCGUGCGCAACGAUGUCACGGUGGGCGACGUUGACUCGAUAAAGGCUGGACACGUUCGAGAUGUUGCUGCUGAAGUUGUUCGGGGUGAUGGUGCUGGCGAGGCUCCAGGACUUCAACUCGGACCUGGGUUCAAUGGCGGACAGAUGGAGGAGCAGAGCGUCGACGACGUCGGGUGCUGCGCCGACCGCCUGCCCUCGCUCGAGCGCAGCGACGCCGUGCGCAGCGACGCGGGGGACGGCAAGCAGACUGGAGAGGAGAUCGGCUCCAAGGGCUGUGACGCAGUGCGCAACGGCGUCACGGGAGCACCGGUACUCGAAGAAGGCGCUGGGCGGACCAGGACUUCGGGCCCGAGGACGAGCUCGACGAGGGAGUUGCUGGCGUACCUGGUGGUGGAGCUGCUGGGGGCCCUCGCGGGUGCACCCACAUUGUGGAGGAUCGCACGGCUGGGCAGCGCGCCGACGCUGGGGAAUUACUUGGUGGUGAAGCUGCUGGUGGCCCUCGCGAGUGCACCCGCGAGGUGGGAGGUGGCAGGUAGCGCGGCUGGGCAGCGUGAUUUUGUAAGUCAGGAUGCGGACGGGCACGACGGGAAGGCUUUUCCUGUGCAGUCUUUCGUCCCCGCCCAGGGCAAGGGCAAGCGCAAGAACAAGAGCAAGGGCAAGGUGCAGCACGGAUGCGGUGGCACGGCGACGCACGAGGGCGAAGGGGCCACAUUUCGUUGCGAAUCGGUGGGCGCCAGCGCGUCCGAUGGCGUCACCGAGCUGGUGCAGUUCGCCGCAGAUGUCGCGGCCGCCAUUCGUGCUGGUCUCCUGGACGGAGCGGCCGUCGAGAGCAGCAGGGACGUGUUCUUCGAGAUGGCUGGGGCCCUGGCGGAUUCGGACUCGUCCUUCUACGCUCGGGCGGUGGUCUGCGGAGACGACCUCGAGGUGCUCGACGCGUGGAUUGCCGUCGACGUCCUGCAGGGCCUUCAGCGUGUGGGCGGCGCUCUUUCCAGCAGGGCGAAAUUUUCCAAAGCGAUCAAGCUGCUCUACAGAUGGAUGAAGGAGUACUUGAACGAAGAGAAUCGGGAAUACGCUUUUCUUGUUUUACAGGACGCGACAGGCUACGACUUCGUCGCGGAGGACUUGGAUUCGCGGCAAGAUGUGGUUAUGGUUUAUGAUUAUGUGAUGACUUAUUUCAAGGAUUGGUUUGCAGAGGCCGACAGCAAUCGAAUGCUGGGGUACCACUGGCGCGUCGCGACGAUAUUAGCGUGCCGAUGCUUCACGGACGACGCGUUCAUGUUGUCGAACACGAUAAAGAGUCUGAACGAGGCCCUGGAGUUCAUAGAGGAGCACAAGGACCUCCUCAGCGAGAAUCUACCCCCGCCCAAGGGGCAGGCCGACAAAUUGCCCUCCACAGAGAGAGGGGCACGGCGGAAGGACGAGGGCCUGAAGGAUGACGAGGAGCUGAAAGCAGAGGAUGGAUGGAAGGUCAAGGCUGAGGACGAGAAACAGUUCAAGCACGAGAACGGCAUCCACCACAAAUUGGAAGGUGGUCAGGAUGCCAAGUCCGAGAAAGGCACAGAUCCAAAGACGGAGGAUGACUUCGAUGCAAAGUCUGAGGAGGAGGAUGCGGCUUUUUCAUUCUGCGAAGCCUCCGCGCGAGUCUGCCGCUCAGUCUUCCGUCCGCAGACACUCUCUCUUCUGUCUCCUCCUGGUGCUCGUCCUCGUCCUCGACCCGUUUCCCCCAUGCUAAUUCGCUCCUUGUCGCGCACGUCAUCACCCGAUGCAUCUUCACCAUCCCGGGAGUCGGCGCGGUAG